AACGGUAAUACUGAUGGUAAAAGUGGCAGUAAAGGAAGAAAGAAAGACGGUGGAAAAAACCACCAGUCAAUUAUUUGUUAACAGUCACAACCGUUUACUAUAUUUAAAAUUUGGAGAUAGGUUUUAUCAUUAUCAUCAUUCCUUCUUUGUGUAUAUUUUUAUAUUGUUAUGCGUAUUAUCUUUGAUCAUCCUUUUUUGAUGUGAUGAACCGAACUGCAAAAUCGUAGAGUCGCCUCUUUUGUUUUACCACCAAUCAAAGACAGGCCCAUAUUUAACUACGGCUUUCUCGGUUGUGGCCGAUCCAAAACCAACGAUGCCUAUGGCACAAUUAGACACCACAGGUAAUAAUUAUAUUGCUUUUAAUUCUUAUUCCCUUUCGUUUAGACUCUUAGUCACUGAUACUGAUACUAAGUGAUUAGUUGUACUCAAAUGUACUGUAUUGUCAUUAGAUUGUUUUAGGCCUGGCUAGUGUUAUUGUCAGCCAAAAGAUGUCUCAUAAGAAUUGAGACUAAUUUUGAAUUAUAAUGGUGAAAGAUAUAGCGUCGGUAAUUACAUACUUAGAUAGAUGGCACCCACUACCAUACUGGAAAUACUUAAGCAGACAACAGAAAGUUUCUGUUUUAAAAGAAAUUUAAAUCCACAAUGGCAGGAAGACCACGAGCGUCAAUGACUAUUGACUAUUGUACCACCACACAAAAUACUGAGUAAAAACGACAUGUUAAAUGAAGUGUGGUACUUGUUGACGCUUUAACCACACUUGCAACAUUCUGCAUUACAGUGGUGUGCCUGCCGCAAUUUGAUUAGCAACUCGGUAUCGUGCGGAAUAUGCAAUCAGCUGUGCACAUUGAAUCGGUACCAGCAGAGAUUGACGGUAGGAGAUGGGCAUGCGACCGUUGUGGGUACCGCCUAUCUGUAUGACACAAUUUGUUUUUCACGCAGUCAGUUAUCAUUACAACAAAUUGUCACAGUGGUGUAUUGUUGGUCGUUUGAUAUGCCACAGAUACAGCACGAGGCAGCUGUUGCCGAAAAACUUGUAAUUGAUUGGUGCAACUACAUGCGAGAGGAGUGUGGAACUUGGCUGGAACGUAAUGCGACCGAAAUUGGUAGAAAGACGAAAUGGAGAACCUAUAAUUGUGGAGAUAGAUGAAACGAAAUAUUUCCAUCGGAAACAUCGUUGUCAUUGGCGGGAUGGCCACUGGGUCUUCGGUGGGGUUGAGCGCGGAAGUGGCAAGUGCUUCUUGUUGGAAGUGCCAGAUAGGUGUGCAGAAACGCUACCAGCCUCUAUAGGAGCUCACAUCUUGCCAGGGACACACAUCGUUUCCGAUGGCAGGGGUGCAUAUGCACGCAUGGAUCAAAUCGGACACGGAAUAUACGAGCAUUCUGUUGUUGUUCAAGAACGUAAUUUCGUGGAUCUUGAUGACAGCGAAGUGCAUACCCAGAACAUUGAAAACAUGUGGAUGAGAGCAAAGCAGAAGUUGAGAAGACAAUUUGGAACUAGUAGUGCAUCGUCCCGUCAUAUCUGCAAGAAUUUGCCUAUCGUAACCAGUUUUGGUGCACAGACAUGUUUCCGAACUCCCUGAUUACGCUUGUCGAUAACUAUCCGUGAUUAGACAGUCUGUUGUGGUUCAGAGUAGAAAGGUGCUUUAAAUAAACUUGAAACUGUUAACUACAGUUUUGUUGGGUGUAUUUUCAUGUUAAUAAAGCUGUUUUGGGUCUGUUUUGAUUAUUAAAUUACUUAUAAUUUAAAAGUCUAAGUCGACUAUAAAAGUUAAUUAAGUCUUAGAAGCUAGAAGUCUCUAAGUUAGUAAUAGUACUAACAAAUAUUGUAUAGACUGUGUAUCCAUCCGGUAAUGUUUGGAUUUGGGGGACGAGUACCUGGUAUUCAGAAAUCUUAGUACAAGUUCAAUCAAUGAGUAGAAAGCAGGAUACAAGCUAUGAUUGUUUGUAGUUAGUGCAAUUGUCAGGAAGAAGAGAGACAGUGACAGUAGGAACAAUCCUUGAAAGUGUUUUUAUUUAAAAAUGUAAAAAAAUAUGUGUUACCAAAUGAAUUUUGGAUGAUGAAGGUAUCUUCUGAUGAAUUUCCACCUCUAUGGAAAUGUAAAAAAAAAAUUGGUGACCAUGGUUUUGGAAGCACGUACGUUAGUGAAGCUGGAUUCUCUGUUAUGACGAAUAUCAAUUGAAAAAAACUUUGACUGGUGAACAUUUAGAAAAUCUAAUAAGGCCAGGUGCUACUAAAAAAGAACAGCAGCUUAAGAAAAUUGAAAAUUCAAUUAAAAACAAAAUAUCUCAUUAAAAAAGCGCAACAGUUUUUAUGUGCUGUAUUUAUACUCUUGAUUAGCUGAGAAUGCUAUUGGCUAUAAGAUUCUUUAUGCUUAAAGUAAGAAGUAUUCACGUAAGAAGUGAAUGUGAAUAGUAUAAAGAACAGUAAAAUAAAAAUAUCUUUUGAGAUUUCAUGUGAAACCCUUGGCUUUGCAGGUAAUUUUCUAAUGCCCACUCGGUGAAGAAGGUUGGACAGCACUGCCCUAUUAUUAUAGUAUUUCUAUGCAUCAUGCUUAUUCUUUGAUUUUCAUUUAUAUCUUCAGAUUUUCAAUAAGCCUUAAGCCUUCUAUUGGCUAGUACUUCUGUUAGCAUUAAAUAUUAAUACAGUUGAAUAUUGAAUUAUUUCACCUAAAGGUCUAGCAGAGCUAGCUCACAGGGAGUAUCAAGCAGGUGAUUAUGAGAGAUCAGAACAGCACUGCAUGCAACUAUGGCGCCAGGAACCUGAAAAUACUGGCGUCCUCCUACUUCUCAGUUCCAUACAUUUUCAGUGCAGGCGCCUUGAAAGGUAAUAUUACACUCUUACUCUUAUGAUAUUUUGAAAUGUCUUCAUUUUAAGUAGAUUUUACUGAAAUGAUGGAUCAUUUAGUGAGGUUAAUUUUUUUUAAAAAUGUUUUUAGGCCAUAUGAUUAUAAUUAGGCUUAAAUGAUGGUGAUUGUUAACCCUUACAGUACCGGGCACGUCUUUUGCAGUUGCCUACUUUUUUUGCUGUGGCCCAAGCGCGACUAUUUGUCACAUCGAGGAGUAUCUUAUGUAAACACAAAAAGGAUAUAACCUUUCACAUGUCUCAGGCAGAAUGUUUAUUCGUUAGGGGAAUAGUCAAAUUUUGUUUUGACUUUAAAUUGUGAAAAUUUACCAAUUACUGAGUUUUUUGUGCGGAUCUGUAUUUGUUUCCAUGGCGCUACAUAGCGAUAUUGUUGACAAUUUAUGCCCACUUGAUGAAACCUUUUGUUCUGAAACUAUUAUUGAGCUUUAAUUGGGAUUAGAUGAUUCUGAUGCUGAUGAGGAAGAGGGAGAUGAAACUGUUGAAGGACAUAGCUCAAAAUUUACGCCCACAGGGGCCAGUAGGUUUGACAGGAUUUAGACCUAAUGCCAAUGUAGAUAUUGAUUUAGUAAGAUCGACUGGACACUGUGCUAGCCACACAAUCCCCUAGUGUGCCAUUGCCAAUGAAAAGUGUGAACAAAACACGUUAGUAUUUUUAACACCCUUAUCCAUUUCUGAAUAGAUGAUUCUCUACAUGUUAUUAUCAAUUGUUUAAAACAAAAAGUUACAAAAUAAUUUGCAAACCUAUCAAAUUUUGGCUUGAAAAUAGUGUCUGGGCCAAUGUUCCCUUUAGGCUGCGCGGCCACGCAGCAAUCUCACAGAUGCCGCCCAGCAGUUUUGAGUACCGCGCAGCUAAUUUCCAAUUGUGUGUUUGUGUCUGUAAGCUGAAAAUUUUGCCCACAUUAAAUUGAUGCUGUAAAAUUUGCACACUAUUUUAUGAUUUUGCACACGAAUCAACAAACCUUAGAGGGAACAUUGGUCUGGGCCACAGGGAAUAAUUAGCAAAAUAAUAGGGGUUUAAUAGCAAAGUAGAUCAUUACCAGAAGGGUUAAUUUUCUUUUUUUCGCUUUAAAGUACCUUGAAUUUGUUGAUAUAAAACUAUUUUCAAGUUUUUUCUUUUUUUUUCUUCAAGUUCUGGUUUUACAUAUUUUGAUAUUUAUUUCUGUAUUAUCUGUUUAAGUCUUCUUAGUUUCUUCCCAUUUGUGUAGUUCUUUGGGCAAACAAUGAUUAUCUUUUUCUGUCCCUCUAAAAAGCAUUUUUUUCUUCUUUUAUUCCAUAGAUCAGCAUAUUUUAGUCAGCUGGCUAUCAAACAGAACCCAAUGUUAGCAGAGGCAUAUUCGAAUUUAGGAAAUGUAUAUAAGGAACGAAACCAGUUGUCUGAAGCUUUAGAUAAUUAUCGCCAUGCUGUACGUCUCAAGCCUGAUUUCAUAGAUGGAUACAUAAAUCUGGCUGCUGCACUAGUAGCUGCUGGUGAUAUGGAGCAAGCUGUGCAAGCUUAUGUCACUGCGUUGCAAUAUAAUCCUGUAAGUUUUUUCCCCAAAGAUAUAAUUUUAACUGCCUAGUCAUACAGAUAAAUUUUGACACAAUUUAUAAGUGGAAAGUUAUUAAUACAUUGCAUAAUUUUCUUUUAACUGAUUUUCUAAAAAAUUCUCAAUGCUAAACCUUAUUUUAAGUGAUUUUUCUUUUCAUUCUCAGGACCUGUACUGUGUCAGAAGUGACUUGGGAAAUCUUCUCAAAGCUUUGGGUCGUCUGGAUGAGGCUAAAGUAAGAUCUAUCAUGCCCAUGAUUCUCUUUAGAAACAAACAUCAGUUAAGGAACUCUAUCUGUAACUAACAGGCUAGCAUGUUUUAGAAACUUGAUGCAAGCAUUCCCAACACUGCUAAUAUAUUUUGUUCAAUUUUGAAGGAAAAGCAAACUGUUUAUAAAUUGGCAUACAUUUUGAAAUUUUUAAAAAAGUAAAAAUUUUCCGAAAAAGAAAAAUUUAAUUUAAUUUAAAUCUUGCCAUACAGAGGAUGCUGAUGCUGUUUGUUUAAAUUUGGGGCAGAAAUCAGCCUGAAGUAAUGCAGCCUUAUCACUUAAAAAAAAAAAUUUUGGCAUUUUAAAUAAUUUUACUUGCUAUACUUCUAUUAAGUAUGAGGAGGGAAUAAGAGCCACCUUAAAUUGGAGAAACUGUUAGAAAUUCCUAGACUGCAUUACUGUGGAAGCAAUGAAUUGCACAUCUACCUAAUGUAGAAGCAAUUUCUUGUGUAUGAAAUUAUGUUCAUCAAAUUUUGAGUUAUCCUUAGUGGCAGCCAAACGCAUCAGCAUGACUUUGUAUACAGUUUGCUUUGCAUUACUUUUACAGAAGAAGAACUGGCAGCUGCUGCAUUUUCAAUUACACCCAUUCCCAUAGUCACUGAAUACAACUUAUUGCCAAUCUUUUUGCAUUCUUUAGCAGACCAGAUAUCCAAAUUAGUAGUAAAAAAUUUGCCUUUUAAUUCUUCAGUUUUUGAGUUACUGAGUUUUGUAGGAUUAAACGGCAAAUAUUAACUGUUCAAAGGGGGUUUGAUUUUUACUAAAUAUUUUUUGACAAAGAUAUACAGUAUUUGAAAAGUUUGGCAACAUGAUUUUUUUUUUUUGUUUUCAGCUUUCCCAAUCCACACUUAUAGAAAAUCUGCUUUUAUUUCACAGCUGUCUAUUAUCAGAAGGCUCAAAAUUUAAAAAAAAUUAUAUAAAAAUAAUCAACUACUAAAGAUUAUCAAAUUCUCUACAGCCUCGUGGAGUGUGAUUUUCAAAUCUUUUGUUUUAAUUUUUUUUUUUAAUUUUGAGCCCUCGAUAUUUCUUUGGGAAUGCUUAACAUAUUUUUUUUUUUUUUUAAAAGUCAUUUAUUCGUAAAGGUUAUACAUAAAGAUUCUCAUCUAAAGAGGAAUGUUAUCGUCUUCUAUUUCAUUAUUUCUAGAAUCUUUUCUUAUCUUUCUUGGUCUUUUCAUCUUUCUUGGUCUUUUCUGAAUCAUUCAGAGAAGGGGUGAGGAUUUUAAAAAUCUGGGAUAAGGCAAGCAAAGCUAAUGUCUUUACUUUUUAAUUUUUGGUUUAUAAAUAGAUGGAGGGUCCAUUCUUCAUGUUCGACAAUGCCUCCACAGAGUUGCAACAGUGGAAUUAAAUCACCCCUGUACUGAUGGAACUGAAAAAGCUCGGUAUGAUUAUAUGACUAAAUGGUUUUAAAAUUUUCAUCAAGGUAUUGUAUUGUUUGUGAUGUACUGUUUUGUAUCUAAAGGAUGGCCUUUUCCAAAAUACUCUUCUCAAAUGUAGGGCUAUAUCUAAGCAGGUAAGAGGAUAAGGAAUAACUUUAUAGCCCAUUAUAUCCCUAUCUUAUAUUUGUACAUGUUCUUUGUUUUACUCAAGAUGUAACUAGAAGCCGGUAGACCCAGCAAAAUAGAACCACAGGUACUGUCUAUGCAGAAUUGUUAUUCGGCUCAGUAACUGCGCACAAGCGACGCUUAUUGCGCGAGCUAUGCCCUUUCAGUGCAGCAUAAUCAAACUUUUGAUCAAUAUCUUUGUGAUAUUCCUCAUUUAAUUUAACUUGUAGAAAGAUCUGUACAUUUUACAGAAUUUAAAUGGUGCAUCCGAAGGGUAUGGUGUUAGUGAUGCAAGCUUAAGAAAGCUAAAGGCUGCAAAUGUUUUACAGUUUGUUGUCACCCUUUAGGUUUCUUUUAUCACCCUGCGAGUUGCAAAAGCAUAGGCGAGGCAUUAGGCGUCAAGCAUGGCAGCUAGCAAGCAGCAGCAGAGCGCAUCAAAGCAGCGUCCGCAGCUAACAGCUUUUUUUGGUGUUUUUGACACAAUAUAUCAUUGUUGACUUUGGUCCAUCCCCAAACCCGGUUUCAGGCUUGUUAUUUGAAAGCUAUUGAAACAUGUCCAAACUUUGCUGUAGCUUGGAGUAACUUAGGCUGUGUCUUCAAUGCUCAAGGAGAGAUUUGGCUUGCCAUUCACCAUUUUGAAAAGGUAAGUGUUUUAUGGUUUAUAUUAGCUGGUUAAAAGAGUAAUUGAUUUAAAAGGAAAUAAAUACAGCUUGUAUUUAAAACCCUUUGUACAUUUUAAAAAAAAAAAAAAGAUAGUUUUACAAACAUGAUUAACAAAUGUUGGAAAGACUAUUUUUUUCUGUAUCUUUUGUUUUAAUUUAAUUUUUAUUUAAUUUUAUUUUUAGGCUGUUGCAUUGGAUCCAAAUUUUCUAGAUGCUUACAUAAAUCUUGGAAAUGUUUUAAAAGAAGCAAGAAUAUUUGACCGGUAUGAAUUUCUUUUAAAUUAAGAAUAAUUAAUUAAUUUUACAGUGGUUCAAUUAAUUACUUAAAAUGUCUUUUAAGAAUUUGGUUUUAAACAUUUCUUUUCAUCAUCAGGUCUGUUGCUGCGUACUUAAGAGCAUUGAAUUUAAGCCCCAAUCAUGCAGUGGUCCAUGGAAAUCUUGCAUGUGUUUAUUAUGAGCAAGGACUGAUUGAUUUAGCUAUUGAUACAUACAAAAGGGCUAUUGACCUUCAACCAAAUUUUCCUGAUGCUUACUGUAAUUUGGCAAAUGCAUUGAAGGAAAAGGGACAGGUAAUAUAAUUUUUGUUUUGUUUUAAAUUGUAUUUAUUUACUUUUUAAUUGAUGUGUAAAAUAACUUUCUGAGAUCAGAAAAUAGGCCUUCAAAAUUAUUUUCUUAUUUUACAAACACCCAGGUCAAAGAAGCUGAAGAGUGUUACAACACAGCAUUGCGACUAAGUCCUACUCAUGCAGAUUCACUCAACAACCUAGCAAAUAUCAAGAGAGAACAGGGAAACACAGAAGAAGCUGUAAAGCUUUAUCUUAAGGCAUUAGAAGUGAGUGCAAAGAAUUUUCCAUUGGAUUGUUUAGUGAUUAAGGGAAUGUGUUUAUUUCAUUUAACCUGAUAGAACCCUCUAACGCGUUGUUUCCCAAAGUGGGGCCCUCCCCACAAGGGGGCAAUUUGAUUGUUAAGGAGGGGGUUUCCAAAAAUGAGCUGUCUAGAAAUUUAAAUCUAAUCGCCAUGAGGUGCAUUUAAAGCCCAAACAUAGUUUCAAACCUUAAAGAAAAAAAUUGGAAAAAAGAACAACCUUAAAGUGGUCUGUUUACUGCUCACACUGCACCUGUCAAUCGUACUUUUGAGGCUACCUAUGACAUUUCUUUACUCAUUAGGUAAAUCUGAGAAAAAUCAUACUAUAUGAGAGAAUUUAAUAAUUAUCAGCAUUUCUUAAAACUGCUCUGGAAAAAGAUGACAAAGGCGUGAAAGCUAUGCUACUCAAUAACAAUACCGUUAGCAAAAAAAUAAGAUGAAAUUAGUGAAGAAUUUGAAAUACAACUUGUUGAAAAACCGAAAGCAAAAAAAUUCUCAGUGCAAAUGGAUGAAUCAACUUUGAAAGACAGUGGGGCUGUACUGAUAACUUUAAGAUAUAUUGAUAAAGGAGAUUUUGCUGAAGAAAUAUUGUUCUGUAAAUCGUUAGAAAGCACCGCUACCGCCAAAGGUAUAUAUGAUGAGCUAAAAAAACAACUUAGAUUUAUAUAAUAUACCAAUGAAAAAUAAAUAUAUUUGUGCUGCAGAUGGUGUUCCUAAUAUGACGGUUAAAAAAAAUGGCUGCUUUAAAAUGAUAAAAUAAUGAAUAAUAAAUAUGAUAAAUAAUUUAACUAUUUGAGAAAAUCUUUCAAUUUACUCUUGAAUUUCAAUUCUCCAUUAUACGUUUUAAAAAUUUACUUGUUUCCUUAUUUUAUAUACAUAUAGAUAUAUUCCAAUCCCCCUUAUAUAUAUAUAUAUAUAUAUAUAUAUAUAUAUAUAUAUAUAUAUAUAUUUAUAUAUGAUAUUAAUGUAGAUAUAUAUAUAUAUAGAUAUGUAUAUAUCAAAGGGGGAUUGGAAUUUUAGAAAGGCCUAGGUGGCGCAUGGCAGGAAAAGGGUGGGGAAACACUGCUUUAGAGUAGUAACUCAUUUCCUACGGCAGUGCUACUUCCAUACUACUUAAUUUAUUUGCCUGAGAAAGGGAAGUAACUCUGUUUUGCAAUUGAUUUACAUUUGUAAAAUAUUUAUUUGAGCUGCUAAAUCUUAUUUAAUGUUAAUGAAUUAAGAACAAAUGCAACAAAAAACAUAAGAUUUAAUUUUUUUUAAAUGUAACAUUAGCGGCGAAAAAAUAACUAACAGUUGCCAAAAAAAAUACAUUUUCGGCAUCUUGGGCGAACACAUGCUACAUAUAGACGCGCCAUACUAAAGUAUACGAAGUUUUAAAGUGAAACAAGAAAUCACGCUAAACCACGCGCCAUCGCUGGAAGUCUCAAAUUAAAUUUUAUUGCUAUUUUUAAAUAGAAAUGAGAGAGGUGUGUCACUAUGCGCCGGGACGCAUCUGUCGAACCCCCCAAAGGACGCAUUUAGUCGCAACCACCAGGAAUGGGUUUAUGUGACUGGACAAACCUUUCACUUUAAUUUUUUUUUUUUUAGGUCUACCCAGAGUUUGCGGUUGCUCAUUCUAACCUUGCCAGUGUUUUGCAACAACAGGGGAAAUUACAUGAAGCCCUCAUGCAUUAUAAGGAAGCUAUUAGGUUUGUUUUUUUUAAAUAAAGACCUUCCACAUUCCAACUCGUUAAAGCUUGUAACACCAGAUGGAUCUCAGUUUCUUUAAAACUUAAUAUCUAAAGCUUUUUCCCAUUAAAAGUUCUAAAAGUCUGAUUUAUGCUAAUCUUGAUGAUAACUUGGUCUUCUAACAUUUUAUUGAUUUCUCCAGGAUAUCGCCAACAUUUGCAGAUGCUUACUCCAACAUGGGCAACACAUUAAAAGAGAUGCAAGAUAUCCAGGGUGCUCUACAGUGCUAUACUCGUGCAAUUCAGAUAAACCCAGCCUUUGCUGAUGCUCAUAGCAACCUAGCUUCCAUUCACAAGGUAUUUUUUUUAUUACCAUCUAACUCAGCGGUUCUCAACCCAUGGGUCGCGAACCCUUUCCCAGGGGUCGCCUAAGACCUUAGAAAAACACAUAUCCUCUUUAGUUAUGAAGUAGCAAUGAAAAAAAUUUAGUGGUUGGGGGUCGUCACAACAUGAGGAACUGAAUUAAAAGGUCGCGACAUUUGGAAGGUUGAGAACCACUGAUCUAACUGCUUUUGAAUCCAUAUUUCUGUUUCUGCUUAACUCUUUCCCUCCGGAAUUAUUUUCCACGUUCUGACGGAAUUAUCUAUUUUGGGUUUUUGUUAUGCACUACUAUGUUUUCUCUAGACCUUCAUAACUUUUUUGUUUUUAAUCAGAAAAUGUUAAUUUUGGUAUGGAAUUAAAGGGAAACAAGAUUUGGGUUUAAAUUUUAUUAAAUAAAUGUGAUUGUGAUUUAAGGAAAAUAAAAAUUUAUUUUAAAAACACUCACCAAAUGUUCACAAAACGCUAAUUCGAAGUCACACGAAGAGAAAUAUAUAAUCCAAAGUGUAACAAAAAUGUUUUUUUUCUGAACUAUAUCCAUAUGUGCAUCACAAAUAAUAAAGAUAAACUUACAAAAAAGAAAAAAUUAAACCUCAGAACACAUCCAUUGUCACCUUCACACAAAAAUUUAGCAAAAAAAUUUACUUAUUCCACUGAAAACAAUCUGUUGCUAUUUAAAAAAUAAUUGCACUGGAUCCUUGUAUGUACUAACAUUUAUAAUAGUAAAUGGAAAAUUUACCAUACAUUAGUCACAUAUUUCCAUCUGGGCUUAGCAAUAGUAAGCCUAAAAAACAAUCCAUAUGGAUGUGCCCUUUAGCUGGGGGCGGGGCUGGUUGUUCAUCAGCUGAUGAAUUACCAAUUUCAUUAUUUUGUCACUAAUACUACUAAUACUAGUACUAGGAUUAUAAUCAUACAAUUCAACAGAAUCAGCCUCUGCAUUUGAAAUCACAGAUUCACUGUCUGAAUCAUCAUCAUAAUAAUAUUUUCCACCUUAUUAGAUUUAUCACCAGAUGGGUCAGGUCAAGAUUUCAUGUUUGUAAACAAAAAUAAAAUGGACAAUCAAAACAACCGCUUCAAACAAUUCGUUCUUCGUUCAAACACAGUAAAAACGGAUGUUUAUGAAAGGGAAAUCAUUCUAGAAUUGAUUUAAAAUAACUUAAUACCAAUAGCUAAGAAAAGAACCGAAAUAAACAGGUUUUUAUACAUUGACUAUCCCAUCGCCGAUACGCCAAAAUCUUCAUUUCAAAUCGACGAUGGGAGCAUUUAUCCGGAGGGAAAAAGUUAAAUUCCUUAAUUGCAGUUUGAAAUUAUUCAACUCUUUUUUCAGGAUUCAGGCAAUAUACCGGAGGCCAUUGCAUCUUAUAGAACAGCUCUGAAAUUAAAGCCAGAUUUUCCUGAUGCAUAUUGCAAUUUGGCACAUUGUUUACAGGUUAGCUAUAUUUAUUUCAAAAUUGCAAUCACUUACAAAAUUGUCAAAACCAAAUAGUCUGUUAUAAAAGUUAACAUGCUGUCAUUCUUCUUUUACAGAUUGUUUGUGAUUGGACGGACUAUCCCAGUCGCAUGAAGCGUCUUGUACAAAUUGUCAAUGACCAACUAGAGAAAAACCGCCUUCCGUCUGUACAUCCCCAUCACAGUAUGCUCUACCCUCUUACUCACUCUAUGCGUAAAUCAAUAGCUGCACGACAUGCAAGUUUGUGUCUAGAAAAGAUAAAUGUUCUUCACAAACCCCCUUAUCACCAUCAGAAAGAGCGCCUCUCAAGUGGUGGUAGAUUACGUAUUGGUUAUGUCAGCUCUGACUUUGGUAACCACCCAACUUCUCAUCUGAUGCAAAGUAUACCAGGUCACCAUGACAAAAGCAGAGUGGAGGCAAGUUAAUUUAUAUAUAUAUAUUUAGGAGAUAGCGAUUUACCCCUUCUUCCUUAUGUAUGAUAACUGACUAGUUUGACCAUUCUACAUGGAGAAAUUCGAAACCCACAACCUCCUGGUGAUGCAGUUUACACACUACUGGAUUCUCUUUUUUAUUGACUGGCAUUACAGCAGACUGGCUUGUGCUAAUGUAUAAGCUUGUUUGAAGUAGUGCUAGAAUAUUUUGCAGGUGUGGCAUAUUACCUGAAGAAUUUCUUGUUUUCAGGUUCGUAAAUCCUGCUAACAUGUUCUUUGAAGUCCUAAUAUCAAAAAGAUAAGUUUAUCGCCUAAUUGUUGACUUACUCUAUAUUUCAGAAGUAAAACUUUCAUUUGACAGCUGUUGUAUUAAUAGAAUUGCCUUCAUUUUCCUAGAUUUUCUGUUAUUCUUUGAGUCCGGAUGACAGCACCACCUUUAGGCAGAAGAUUUCUCAGGAAACCGAGCAUUUCAUUGAUUUAUCCAAGAUUCCCUGCAAUGGGAAAGCUGCUGAUAAGAUUCAUGCAGAUGGCAUUGACAUUUUGGUCAACAUGAAUGGCUAUACCAAAGGUGCGCGCAAUGAAUUAUUUGCCCUUCGACCAGCUCCUAUUCAGGUUAGUUACUCAAAAUAUUUUAAGCACAAUUACAUACUAUUUCAGGUUAUAUUUUAGAUUAAAUUAAAUGCAAGGAAAUUUAUGGGAAAAGAAUUCAUCCUCUCAAUUUUAGAUUUUUCAAAUAUGUUUAUCAGUUUAAUGCAUUUUUAAUUUAUUUCCUUUCAGGUGAUGUGGCUGGGUUAUCCUGGAACAUCUGGUGCCUCAUUUAUGGACUACAUAAUCACAGACAAGAUAACUUCACCUUCAGAACUAGCCUCACAGUACUCUGAAAAACUUGCCUACAUGAAAGACACUUUUUUCAUUGGUGAUCACAUGAAUAUGUUUCCUCAUAUGCAAUACCGUCUGAUAUUGCGUGUAACAGAUGCAAAUGGUCAUCCUACCAAGUCUGUCAUGUACCUGAAUGCUCUUGAUUUAGAACCUAUAAAGACUUUAGCAACAGCUAUUGAAGUAAGUAAUCCGUCAUUUAACCUUAUCCAAGUUAUAAUUAAUUUAAUUUGAAAAGUUAAGUACCGGUACAUUUUAACUUAUUCAACUUUAUUCUCUAAUUAGGAGGUGACAUACACUGCCCUGCCUGGCCAAACCACUGACCAGCCUGAUGGCAGUCCAGCAACUAUCACCAACACAAUAAUAGAAUUACCCCAGACUGUUGUACAAUCCUUUCAAACAAUGAUUGCUUCCAAUCAAGCCCAGAUAAUGGUCAACAAUAUUAUCAUUCAGAAUGGGCUUACAACCAAUCAGGUAAAUAUCUCACCUUAAGUCAUUUUGAAAUUUCCUUUGUUUAUAUAAUAUGCCAGAAAUGGUCUUUGAUAAAAAUUUUAAAAAUCUUGUUCACUGUGAGUUUUUUUAAUUUAAAUUUCAGCUAACUUUAUAUUAACUAAAUAUACUAAUUUAUAUGAAUAAAUUGGCAAAUUGAGCACACAUCCCCAGACAAUUUAAAAUUUUGUCAAAACUUUUCACAAUAAGAAAUUUUACACAACUUUUUUUAUUUAGACCAACAACAAGUCUGCUACUGGUGAAGAGAUACCAAGAUGUGUGAUUCUUUCAUCAAGACUGCAGUAUGGUUUACCAGAUGAGGCAAUUGUCUACUGCAAUUUUAAUCAACUUUACAAGAUCGAUCCCAGCACACUGGAGAUGUGGGUGAGUGUGUUUGGUAUGUUAUCAAAAUGUUACCUUCUCAAGGCAAUAGAUUAAACAUACUAGCAGCUGAAGGUGAGCUUAAAACUUUGUCCAUUUAUUUUCAGUGUGAAAUUUUGAAGCAAGUACCAGGCAGUGUGCUUUGGUUACUCAGGUUUCCGGCUGUUGGUGAAACUAACAUACAUCAAACUGCACAGGGCUAUGGCCUAUCGCCUGGCAGAAUAAUUUUCUCCAAUGUAGCUCCCAAGGUAAGCAUAUUUACAUUCAUAACACAUGCAUUGAUUAAAUCUUUUUUUAAUAGAAAGUUAUAUGUUCUAGUUUAAUCUUUUACUUAAAAAUGUAAAGACAAAUUAAUAAUUUUCAGGAGGAGCAUGUGCGACGUGGCCAGGUUGCUGAUGUAUGUUUGGACACUCCCCUUUGUAAUGGCCAUACUACAGGAAUGGAUGUGCUGUGGGCUGGUACUCCUAUGGUUACCUUCCCAGGUAUGUGUAAGUCACUUUUUAUUUUCAAUCAGCACUCACCCUUGCAAAGUUGUACAUUGAAUUAACAUUAAAAAGAUAGAAAGUGAAUAAUACUUAAGAAUUUUAUUCUAAAAUUCUAUUUGUUUUUUUUCUAUUAGCUGAGACCCUAGCAUCACGUGUUGCUUCAAGUCAACUACAUUCUCUUGGUGCUCCAGAACUUGUAGCUAACACAAGAGAUGAAUAUGUGAAGAUUGCUGUCAAACUCGGCACAGAUCCCCAGUAGUAAGUGACUGAGCCGUUGUAACAUUACCUUCUUAGAUUAUAUUUUUUUCAAAAGUGGUGGAAAUCUGGAAAAUGUAAAAGUGUUGAUACCUGGUAUUAAUUAGGAAGUUAAGACAUACACCAGCACCAUCUGCUCUGUUUAUUUAUACAUUUUAAAAAUUAAGUUUGGCAUAUUAUUUCAUUCCUUUAAUUUCACAACCACAAAUAUUUAAGGGUUACCAGAAAUUUGAAAGAAAUUUCGUCAACAGUUUGGUAAAACGAAAAAUUUGGAAUAUUUUUUUUCAGUCCACACGAUCUAAUUUUGCCUCAAAUUUCUUUUUGAAUGCUAUUUAGUAUGCUAUUUAGUAAAACAAAAAGAAAUUAGAUCGUGUGGACUAAAAGAAAGAUUCAACCAAAUUUCUGUUUGAUCAAAUUUAUGUUUGAUCAAAUUUCCGUCUAUGAAAUUUCUUUCCAACAAAUUUCCAGAUACUCUAUUUAAGUGUACAAGAAAUAUUUCACUCGUAACACCGAGGAUAAAGACCAGAUAUUACGUAUAUAAAAAUUGUUACAUAUCAUUUCAUAGUAUGUUUUAAUUUUUAAUAUUUAAAUGUUAACAGAUGGGAGGGAGAUUUCAGGAUACAUGUUAUGUAUGAUGUGCUUAUGAUUUUCUUAAAUUUAAUGGGUUAUACUAUGUUCGCAGCUUGCAAGGCAUGAAGGCCAAGGUUUGGCAAGCUCGCACCACUAGUCCUUUGUUCAGCACCAAGAUCUAUGCCAACAACUUGGAGAAUUUAUUUGAACGCAUGUGGGACCGCUAUGAGCAAGGUCUUGAACCUGACCAUUUAAUAAAACCCUGGCACAUGGUCAAUGGUUCUGCUUAAACUGUUCUAAUAGCUUAUCUGUCAGGUGAACAAGAAUCAAUUAUUAAAUAGGGAUUAGUUUUUUUAAAAUAAUACUUUUUCCAUUUAAAUGUUUUCAAAAAAAUGAGGCAAGCAUUCGAUGGGUUUUUGUUUUAUUACUUGUGUAACAUAGCAGGAACAAACCAGUUUUUCUUAUGUUCUUGCAUUUGUACAUAUACAGAGAACAUUUCAACGUGUCUUUCUUUAUAAUCAAUAAUUCCUGUAAUUUAUAUGUGUAAAUAUGCCCUGAGAAGACAGAAUGUCAUGGCAGUAUGUGAUUUGUGAAAAUAUGCAUUUAACUUAGCUUUUAUAACCUAUGGCUUUUAUUUCCACUAACAACUACUAAAAGAAACCUUUGAAGGGCAGUGUGUAACCUGUCUAGUUGGUUUUAUUUCGGUCUAGUUGGAUAAAAAGACUUGUUACUUUAGUCCAUUUGUGUGUAUACAUUAUGCAGAUGAAAGUGCUCUCCUAAAUUUGUAACAAGUACGUUAGCUUGAUUUGUUAAGUGUUGUAAAUACGCUGUAUUGAGAAUAGAGACAUCCAUGUGCAUCGGCUAAGAUUAAAAGAAGCCUACUGAAGUAAGAAAUGAUGGAUAACUGAUGUUGAAUAAUGUAGUAGACUUUAUAAGCUUGACUUGAAAGAAAGUUUUGAGACCAUGAAAGUGCAACUGAUCAAGAGUGCUCCCCAUUAUUUGAUUAUUGUUAACUUAUUCUGUAAAUAUGCUUUAUUUGCUUAGUUAAGUCUCUUGUAUGGUGGGAAAAAUAAAAUUGUCUUUGGGAAAAA